UGGUGCCAAACCAAACACAGACACCAGUAAGACCGAUUAUGACAAUAAACUAAAUCCAACCCUUGUACAUCCCAUUAUAACAGCUGGAUACCGAAUCACAAGACGGAGGCCAUUCUUCCCAAAGAUGUGUUAAGGGGAAAAGGAGCUGUCGUCUUAGGCCCAGGGAGAAACCUCCAGCCCUGCACACCCCCUAACCUCCCAGGAAAAGAAAGUCUCCCAAAAUGGAAACAACUGCAAUACCUGGAAACACAGUACUUGAGUUAACCUAAUGUACAUCAUUACUUCAAAUGUUAACAAUUAUUGCUUUCACAGGAAAAGAAGUUUGUUUCACUUUUCUCAUCUUGCUCCUGAUCCACAGAGUCUGCUGGUACUGUUUGAACACAUUUUGAACAGCGACGCCUUUGUUUCAUUAUAAAACCAGCAGAUUGUGUCAGUGUAAUUAAUUAUUUAGCAAUGCACUAAUAUGCAAUCAGUACAAGGGUGCGAGCACUUUGGAAAUUAUAUUACAGACAGGAUUUUCAUAUCUGACGUGAGUUUUACUCCCAAACUUUGAUUUGUGGCUAAAAAGAUGGAGAUAAUAUUAAAGAGUUAAAUGAAAGAUGGAGAUAAUAUUAAAGAGUUAAAUGCAUCUCACCUAAUUAUUUCCAAUAAGUUAAAGCUGUGUGCUACUGAGUUUUGAAAAGGAUCCACUGUGCCCCACCUUGGAAAUGUUGUUAGGCUUAAAUAAGAGCCUUUUAUUAUUUCUAUAAUUGCCUUCACUUUUGCCCAAAGGCUUUGACAUUGGCUGCAAUAAACCAGACGGUGUAUAGUUUAUAAAUACAUAAACCAAAUCUCCUAAACAAAAAUUACAAUUUAUACCAGAUGAUCACUGCAUUCAUAUUUUCUGUCCUGCUGGUUCGGACUAGGCUUUUACUUCGUUAAAGUCAGCUGCAGUAGAUUAACAGGUUGUUUCAUUUUGCAUUGUGAAAUUGCUGCUCUACUACUUCAUGGCUUCAGCCUGCUCCCUCAGCUUCUGAACUGACAAACUGUCUGCUUUGAGAUCAAAUAUUUGGGCACACUUGUAGCGACCACAAACGUGUAUGAAGUUUGGAGGUUGUAUGCUCAUUAGGACAUUCUUCAGGGGACUGCACAAGGGAUUUACAAAGAUUAGUGUCUUUAUGCUUUUUCACGUGAAAGAGCCUUUAUAAGUCCCCAGUUUGUAGGGAACAGUGGUGCACUACACAACAGCAAAAGGACCUGUCUUUCUGUGUGAAGUUUAAUCAGUGCAUUUCAGCAUGGCAGCGUAUACAUUACCGGAGGGGUUCGUGGAGUUUGACAUGUUUACAUUUGGCUCUGCGCUUCUGGUUGAGGGUAAGUGGCCCGAGCACACAGGAAGCCCCUGGUUAUGCUCAAGUUAAAGGGACAGUACAGUAUUUGUUUAGAUAAUAGAAGCAUGAAAAUCUUAAACGUGCAUGUUAAUCAUUCAUGUGUUUUUAAUUUGCUCAUUGUAAGCUUACCAGCUGUAGCUCCAUGCAGGCUCCCUGUCAAAAUCAUUUCUUGUUUUAGAUUAAACUCCACCUGAUGUCUGUUUAUGAUAAAGCUAUAGCUUAACAUUCCAUUUUGAAAUAUGGGUGAUUUCACAACCUUAUUGUUGUUUUGCAUCUUCAGGUACAUUAGGUUCAAUGUGAUAACAGUAAUUUAUAACAGAAUAAGAGUGAAAAUCCCAGUUUGCUUUACAUUUUCAGGCCUCCUUGGAUUUGUCCUCAAUGCCAUCAGCAUCCUGUCUUUCCUCAGAGUGAAGGAGCUGCAGACUCCCAGUAACUUCUUCGUGUUCAGUCUGGCUGUGGCUGACAUCAGUCUAACUAUUAAUGCACUCAUAGCUGCUUAUGCGAGCUAUCUGAGAUAUUGGCCAUUUGGUCAAGACGGAUGUUCCUAUCAGGCUUUCCAGGGUAUGACAUCGGUUCUGGCCUCUAUCAGUUUCAUUGCUGCCAUUGCUUGGGACAGAUAUCACCAGUACUGCACCAGACAGAAGCUCUUCUGGAGCACAGCUCUGACAAUGAGCACCAUCAUCUGGGUUCUUUCCAUCUUCUGGGCUGCUGUUCCUCUCAUGGGAUGGGGCGUCUAUGACUUUGAGCCAAUGAGAACUUGCUGCACAUUGGACUACACCAGAGGAGACAGGGACUAUGUGACCUAUGUGCUAGCUCUGGAUGUGUUGUACCUGAUGUUCCCAGCGUUCACCAUGUGGGCAUGUUACGAUUCCAUCCACAAACACUUCAAGAAGAUCCAUCACUACAGGUUUAACGCCAAUGGGCCCUUGAGGGUUCUGCUGAUAUGCUGGGGACCCUAUGUUGUCAUGUGUACCUACGCCUGCUUCGAGAAUGUGAAGGUUAUCUCCCCAAAGCUGAGAAUGGUGCUUACACUUGUUGCAAAGACAAAUCCCAUCUUCAACGCCCUCCUCUACUCUUUUGGUAAUGAAUUCUAUCGAGGCGGCAUUUGGCACUUCCUCACUGGACAAAAGAUUGUUGAUCCAGUUAUUAAGAAGUCAAAAUAAAAGAUAAAAAGAGAUCCAUGACCAUCAUUUGCUGAUUAUCCCCCUAGUUGCAUCUCCACACUGUCACAUGUAUGAAAUCUGCUAUUAAAACACUAGAAAUAAAGUACAAGUGUU